CUAGGUUUGUCUAGAGAGCAGCUUGGGGCUGUAUCGGCAAAGAGAAGGAGGGAGGGGAAGUAAAGGAAGGAGGGAGGGAGAAAGGAAGAGGGGAGUGCACGAAGCAAACCCCAACGCCGGGAUAUCUUGCUGUUCCGGCUCGAGGGUUCCCGUCGAGAGAAAGCAACCUGCUUAGGAUCACCUGGUCUCCACCUCUAGAGCUAUGGAUCCUUGCCGGAGGAAGCAGAUAAGAUGGAGAACUACUUUAUUGCAACAAUGUGUUUUGCUGCUGACCUAUGUUGUAAUUAUAUUGGAAGCAGUGCCAAUAGAUGUAGACAAGACAAAAGUACAGGAGGAAGAAAAAGACAGUGGAAAAGUAGAUAAUCCGGAUACUGGAUUGUAUUAUGAUGCCUAUCUCAGGCAAGUGAUAGAAGUUUUGGAGACAGACACACAUUUUAGAGAAAAACUCCAAACGGCAAACAUAGAGGAAAUAAAAAGUGGAAAGUUAAGCAAGGAGCUAGACUUAGUUGGCCACAAGGUGAGAACAAAACUGGAUGAACUGAAAAGGCAGGAAGUUGCAAGAUUAAGGAUGUUAAUCAAAGCCAAGAUUGAUGCAUAUCAAGAUUCUGGCAUAGACCAUCAAGCUCUUCUCAAACAGUUUGAGCAUCUGAACCAUCACAACCCUCACACUUUUGAAGUUAAAGAUUUAGACAUGCUAAUCAAAACUGCUACACAUGACUUAGAAAACUAUGACAAAACCCAUCAUGAGGAGUUUAAGAAGUAUGAGAUGAUGAAAGAACAUGAAAGGAGAGAAUAUCUAAAAACACUGGAUGAAGAAAAGAGGCACCAAGAAGAAGCUAAAUAUGAAGAAAUGAAAAAAAAGCAUGGUGAUCACCCCAAAGUGAAUCAUCCU